AUGCCGGCAUUGGAAUGCUUACUCAUCAGGCGUGUGAAGGGGAUCACGGAGCUUCCGGAGACUGUUGGACUUCUGUCGCAGCUGCAGCAGCUCACGAUUGACGACCAAGACAGGGGAGGGGAGAAUGUAAAGGAGUUGGAGAUGCUCCAGGAGGCGUUUUCCAUUCCACCCAGGUGGGGACCGGCUCCUGGACGAUCUCAGGCGCUACACAAGUACGUGGACGACACGGAGGACUAUCUACACGAGUACGUGGACGACACGGAGGAAACUACACGACUCCACGAGUAUGUGGAGGACACGGAGGACUAUGUGAACAUACAGCUGGACUAUCGCAGGAACCAGCUACAGGGGACGCAGGUGGGUGGUGCUGAUGACGUGGCAAGAAUGAUGACGUGGCAGCUCAUCCAGGCAACGGGGAUGGUGCUGUCGAUGCUCAUUAUGACCAUAGCAGCCUUCUCAAUCAACGAUACCUACUGUCUGGGCAGCUGA